CACAAACAUGGAGUCACCUCCCCGUCGAAUUUUCUCUUAAAAGAGUUUUAGCAAUUGGAGAAUGCAAGGUUCAUCUACAGGGGAAACUCUGCGAUCUUAUACCCUGCAGUUCUUUAAAGUUGCACCCGGUUAUAAUACACUUUCGUUUGGCCGUUGCUGGGUGGUUUACAAAAAAGAUGGACCUAAGUUACAAGUUUCAAGAUAUGAUCGUCACUACAGACGACUAGGUAAAACAAGGAUUAAGUAUGAAUCCUUUGCAUGAUUGCGCCGAUCGUUCGGUCGAUCAGAUGAGUUUCUUUUGAAAUAAGCUGCGUUCAGCUUUUGACACACUUUGCAAUAGAGUCAAAGGAUAUAUUUUGGUGCUGGGUUCCAUAUAGGGGCAAAGUGGUACAGUUUAUGGACAAAACCCCUACGAGUAGGUAAAGCCCUUUAAAUAUACCCCUCUACUUCCUAAAUCAUCUAUAAAAGCUCUCAGAA